UCGUAGUACACGACCGCAUUCAGGUAGAGGUACGAUGGCUUAACAUUUCUUCUGAUAUCUCUUGAUAAUUGUUCAAUAUAUCAUACAAAUUGGAUAAGAGUCACCGAAAUUGCUCGUCGGUGCUCUGACUCAGAGAACAGAGACCGGAAACCAAUUCUAACUUAAAUCAAUUUUCUAAUUUAUAGAGCAAUUUCCAGUUGGUUACCGCAAAUUCGAUCUAUAUCAUGUCUCUGUUGGAAUCAAACAUGAAACCGUCAUUAAACAGAGACAAUAAAAAAGACAUUUAUAUUGUGAAAGUCAAGGAAAUGAGUGAGAAAUCAUGCUCUAAAAUCCUAAAAGAUAAUCAGUCUAAAUACAAAAACUGUCAAGACAUUUUUCAACAGGAGUUGGAAGCAUAUGGUAGAGAAACGAGCGUACACGGUUUGAAACGUAUGCUAAGCACUGGCACUGGACGAGUAGAACGCGUACUUUGGGCUCUAUGUGUCGUGUCUGCACUGAGCCUGCUAAUUUACUUCAGUCAAUAUCUUGGCAAUCGCUUUACCCAAACUGUAUUCAAAACCACCAUAUACUCCACCAAUUAUCCCAUUUACAAGGUACCCUUUCCAGAAGUGACUAUAUGCAACAAGAAUCGCUUGAAUUGGGCGCGCUUGGAAGAAGUUAAGCAAAAAUAUCUGUGGCAUGCACAUCAUAACACUUCGUAUGAGCGGCUUUUCGUGGAGAUUGUCGCCAUGCACGACACUUACUCGUUCGGUUACUUUGAUCGUUUUGCGAAUCUAACAGAUAAACCGAUAGCCGAACUCAAUUAUAUCAAUUUCACUGAGGUGGUGCGUAGCAUGACUUGGCGUUGUGAGGAACUACUAACGGAAUGUGUUUGGCGUAUGCACAAAAUGAACUGCUGCGACAUCUUCAUAAGACGACGCUCGAAUAUGGGUAUCUGCAUGGCAUUCAAUUCGAUAGAAUCGUCUAGAGGGCGUUUGAAGCAGGAAAUGGAUUCGAAAUGGCCGUGGCGUGUGGGUACCAGUGGUUCGAAGUACGGUCUGCAGGUUCGUACAUUACUGAACGAAGAUAAGCAUUCGCCGUACUCGACCAGUUCGAAAGGUAUUACGAUCAUGACUGUGCAACCCAAAGUGUGGAGCUUUACGCCUAUCGAUAUACCGAAAGAUGUAUAUGCGCGUGUGUACCUCAAUGCAUUCAUGAGUUUCUUCCAUCCAGACACGAGGCGUGUGUCAUCGAAGAAGCGACGAUGCGUCUUUAAGGACGAACAGGAUAGUCCCGACUUUAAAACACUCAACGGGCACGUUUAUAUGUAUGAGAAUUGUCAAGCGGCGUGCCAGCAGGAGUACCUUAUGAAGUUUUGUAACUGUACUGUGGAUAUAUUCUUCCCAAUUGGCGCGUACCCAAUCUGCAAAUUGGUGGACUUUCCAUGUUUGGCACGUCACAACCAUCUUGUCCAAUAUUUCCAGGAGUCAUAUAAGGAGGCCUUUACGACUAAUCAUCCGGGCAUGGUAUGCAAGUGUUUUUACAACUGUCGCUCGUGGCGCUACAACAUAAAGGUGCGUACCAGACCUCUGCAACAGAAAGAGCGUUGGAAAACGAACGAUACUCUGUUGUUGGAUAUAAAUUUCCAACGAGAUUUUAUUAUCGUCUAUAAAACGGAUAUAGUAUACACUUGGGUCGAUUUUCUCUAUAAUUUUGGCAACAUCACUGCGCUCUUUCUCGGCUGCUCGCUCGUCAGUCUUGUGGAGUUGUUAUACUUCUUUCUCGUGAAAGUGCCGCAGCGUCACUUAUGCAGCCGAUUAGACAACGGUAAACUGCACAAAAAAUUGCCAUUUGGACGUCCGGCAUUGCGCUCGUACAGGGAACGCAGUGAAAAUAAUUUAAAUUUAUAUAAAAAUGGUUUUAAGAAAAUCAGUUACUAAUUGAGUGGAAAUUUUGAUCUGAGCUUGAGUUGCGGCUUACUAAAGACGAUUAUAUUAUAAUAAACUGUUUUUGAGGACUUUUGUAUUUUAGACUCAAAUUGGAUUUUGAGUACAAUAUAGGCAAAAUUUUUAUUCCAGUUAUUUCAUAAUACUUUGAAUAUUAUUUCACUCCGUUUAUUACAUAAUUACCACCACCAGCACUAAUACUAUUUCAAUUACUUAAUGGCUUCUAUUCGAUUGCACAAUAAUUACAAAAUUCGCUCACUAACCUAUAAUGUGCCGCGUAAGAGUCCUAAUUACUCGCGUGUCACUUAUUUACUGUUAAGUGAAACUCUUCGGCCAGCGUUAAUGUAAUGUGGGAGCUUUGUAAAAUCCAC